AUGGAAGCACUUAUCACUUCCGCUCCCUUCUUCCUCCUCCCCACCUCCAACUCUUACUCAGAAAACCGAUUCUUUCAUUCUUCUCCCAACAUAAAGUUCGGAACUUUUCGCAAGAAUCAUCUCUCUUUCUCAUCACACCUCGUUCACUCCUCCUCUGCAGUUUCCGCACCGUCUUCUUCUACUACUCUUCUCCCACGAAACACCUAUUGGAUGGUGAUUUUGGAUAAACCUCCACAAAGGGUUUCUUCCAAAUCCAGUAUUGUAGAUUACUAUGUCGAGAUUCUUGCGAAAGUGUUGGGCAACGAAAAGGAUGCGCAGAUGAGUAUAUAUGAUGCUUCCUUUGGUACCCAUUUCGGGUUUUGUUGCCAUAUCGACGAAGAUGCUUCACGCCAGCUCGUGAGCUUGCCUGAAGUACUAUCUGUUAGACCUGAAGCUGGUUACAGUUCAGGGAAUAAGAACUAUGGCAUUGGGAACCAGACAGGUGUUUCCUUGUUUGAUCAUGGGACAGUGAAACACUGGAUGGUCCGAAUCGAUAAGCCAGGAGUUGGGAUUGUUACUAAAGCACAGAUGGUUGAUCAUUGUGUUCAGUUGUUAUCCAAGGUUUUGUGGAAUGAAAAGGAUGCGCAGAUGUGUCUUUAUCAUGUUUCUUGGCAGUCCAAAUUCGGCUUUUGUUGUGAUUUGGAUGAAAAAUGCGCAGAAGAGCUAGCUGGUGUACCUGGUGUUCUUGCUGUUGUUCCUGAUAACAAUUUUGAGUCACUAAACAAAAACUAUGAAGGUGAUAAUAGUACACAAGAUUCAAGUGAAAGUUCAGAGGCUCCUCCUGUUAAGACGAAGAAGCUGUUUAUAACUGGGCUGUCUUUCUACACAUCUGAGAAGACAUUGCGUGCAGCAUUUGAAGGAUUCGGUGAACUAGUGGAAGUAAAAAUAAUAAUGGACAAGAUAUCAAAGAGAUCAAAAGGGUAUGCCUUCAUAGAGUACACGACAGAGGAAGCUGCAAGUGUUGCACUAAAAGAGAUGAAUGGAAAGAUUAUUAACGGAUGGAUGAUAGUAGUAGACGUAGCCAAGACCAAACCGUUCAGACACAACAGAAGAGAGACGAAUUCUGAGUUGUAGGAACUAGUUGGAAAAGUGACAAAACUGAUGCUUUUUUUUUUUAUUCAUCCAUGGCCUGUGUACUAAAUAUUAAAGACUUGUUCUUUGAGAAAAGUCAAAUUAUUUUUACUGUCAACGAGCAAAUUAUUUUACAUUUAG